AUGGAUCGCACACACAUCACCAAAAAGAACAAUGGAGGCUCGCCGAGGUACAUGGCACCUGAGCUCUUCGAUUGCAAGACGAAGAUCACCGAGAAGAUCGACGUUUGGGCAAUGGGAUGCAUUUUCGUCGAGGUUUGUGGUGGACCACUUCCGUAUGAGAAGAUCACCACGCUUGCAGACCUCACAAAGGAGAUGUUGAUCAAGAGGAAAACUCCGAAUGUUCCAGAGUUCAUCACUGGACCCAUGCGGGACAUUUGCUGCAGUUGCCUCAGCUUUCAUUAUCACGAGCGGCCCAGCAGCCAACGAGCCUUCGAGCUUUUGAAGGCUGCGAAGCGAGCUUGGAAAGAAAUAGCUUAG